AUGAUGUUUCGUAGAAUCUCCAGAAAUCCAGUCAGGACAUUUUCGAGCCCAUUGUUGAGGUGUUCAAAAGCAGUUCCUUUACGCUCCUUUCAAGCAGCUAUCUUAUCGAAGCCAUCGAAGCCACAGUUAAGGAUGUAUUCCCUCAGCACAGAAGGCGAGUUGAUUGAAGAUAAAAUUGAUGUACUUACAGACCACGAGUAUUCUUCCAUUUCUAAUAACUAUUUAGAGACACUUGGUGACGAAUUAGAAGCGCUCUCGGAAGACCACCCACAAGUCGAUAGUGAGUUGAGUCAAGGAGUGUUGAAGUUGGACUUACCACCUCUAGGAUCUUAUGUAAUAAACAAGCAGCCUCCCAAUAAGCAAAUGUGGUUAAGCAGUCCACUUUCAGGACCAAAAAGAUACGACCUCAUUGGAGGCAAAUGGAUUACACUAAGAGAUAAUAGUGGGUUAACAGGGUUAUUAGAAGACGAAAUAAGCCAAGCUUUGGAUAUUAAAUUCAAGUUUGAAGGUCUCGAUAACUGA